AUCGAAAGCUAUUAUAUGUUCUAUGCGACUAAUUACUAAAAAGUUCCCGUCGGCAAUAGCAACCUCGCCGGAGCCGAGGGGGCGAACUUUCUUAACCUUCACACCCUCUUUCUCUCUGUUCUCGCGUUUCUGUCGAGAGCAAUAGAGGUCGAGAGAAAUCUAGGUUUUAUUAUCAUUAUGUUGGGGGGAGGAGUUUGAGGAAUUUUUAUGCGAUCAAAGGUGUGGAAUCGGGGAGAGAAAAGGGGAGGACAUGUAUAGAGAUCGAGGAGGAGGCGGAUCUAAGUCGGAGAUCGGUCCUAUCGACCGCAAGCGGAUCAAUGAUGCGUUAGAUAAGGUUCUGGAGAAAUCGUCUCCUUCGACGUCUAAGGGAUUGAAUGGAAAGGACAAGGAUAGGUUGUCUGUUCCGUCAACCUCAGCUGGUAAACUGCCGCCUGAUCACAGGGACACUCGCUCUGCGUCUCUCUCCAAGAACAAGUGCUCCGACGAGGAAUCUGAAACAGACAGUGAAGAAUCUGAUGUCAGUGGUUCUGAUGGCGAUGAUACAUCUUGGAUCUCAUGGUUUUGCAAUCUACGUGGAAAUGAGUUCUUCUGUGAAGUUGAUGAUGAGUACAUCCAGGAUGAUUUUAACCUUUGUGGGUUGAGCAGUCAAGUUCCUUACUACGAUUAUGCACUUGAUCUGAUUUUGGAUGUUGAAUCUUCUCAUGGGGAUAUGUUCACUGAGGAACAAAAUGAAUUGGUUGAGUCAGCAGCAGAGAUGCUGUAUGGGCUGAUUCAUGUUCGGUACAUAUUAACUAGCAAAGGAAUGGCUGCAAUGUUGGAUAAAUACAAGAACUAUGACUUUGGGAGAUGCCCGAGAGUUUACUGCUGUGGACAACCUUGUCUUCCUGUUGGUCAAUCAGAUAUUCCCCGAUCGAGUACCGUGAAGAUCUACUGUCCAAAAUGUGAAGAUAUCUAUUACCCACGGUCAAAAUACCAAGGCAACAUUGAUGGAGCGUAUUUUGGAACUACAUUUCCUCACCUGUUCUUGAUGACUUAUGGGCACCUCAAGCCGCAGAAGCCAUCACAGAGCUAUGUUCCAAGAAUAUUUGGCUUCAAAAUCCACAAGCCAUGACCCUGUGCUGUCGUCUUCAAAUGCUGCAUUGUUGCUGAUUCUCCUGUUGGGCAGAAAUGGUUAAUUACGACCAAGGUAGAGUUCGGAGUUCCAUGGUGUCAAAUUUUUAUAUAUCAACAAAAAUAUUUGGAAAGCGAUUUGCCUACCUUUGAGCUAUUAUUUAUUUAAAAUUUAGUGUUGUAUUUCAGUGAGCAUUUGUAGCCGUUUCUCUUUGUCGAUAAGUGUUUGAAGUUCAUUACACUGUGUUCCUUAGUCUAGAUUUCAUUUCGAUGGUUGAGCUCUCUGAGGCACUCAUCCAGAUUCCAGGAAAGGGGCCUCUGCUGUGCCACAUGCUGGUUCUAUUUGUGCCUUUGCUUUUUACCUGGUAUUCUUUGACAACAGAAUGCAACUCUCUGUUAAUCUCAGGACUAAAUAGAUUUAAGACUCUCAUAUUCAACACUAA